AGAAACAGGGGAUGUUUUCUUAAACUCUGGAAGGCUACAGUGAUUAGUAGUGAGUUUUGUGAGAGGUAGGCUGUGGGCAGUAUGGCUACUUGGGGUGCUAUGUCAGGACAGAUGGACAAUGCAGUCGUUGGUGGAGUGGUGGCAGCCAAAGCCAAAGUACAUGGACAUAGAGCCCCGCUAGAAGAAAUCAGUAACAGGACUGUAAUUCCAGGACGCAAACCUGCAAUAAUGAACUGCAAGGUGGCGGUCAAAGCAGUUAGACAAGUAACCUCCAGAGCAAAUGUAGCUUUAAGAAUCAAACCAACAUGUGGGCCCAGAUCUGAGGAACCUCCUCCCAUAUCUAUGGAUAUAAGUGUUAAAGAGGAAGUGUUGUGCCAAGCAUUCUCUAAAGCAUUGAACAGUGUUGAUGAUAUUGAUGCUGAGGAUUCUUUUAACCCUCAGUUAUGCACAGAUUAUGUCAAGGACAUCUAUACCUAUUUAAGGCAAUUAGAGGUUCAACAGGCUGUCCGCCCAAGAUACCUACACGGAAUGGAGGUGAAUGAACGGAUGAGAGCCAUUCUAGUUGACUGGUUAAUUCAAGUUCACUUAAAAUUUCAGCUGCUUCAGGAGACAUUAUACAUGGCAAUAGCUAUUAUGGACCGUUUUUUACAGGGCCAACCUAUCUCCCGCAGCAAGCUACAGCUGGUCGGUGUCACUUCACUCUUCAUUGCCUCUAAGUAUGAAGAAAUGUAUUAUCCAGAGAUUUCUGAUUUUGUUUACAUCACUGACAAUACCUACUCCAAAGCUCAAAUUAGGGAAAUGGAAAUGAUGAUCCUCAAGGAGCUUAACUUUGAUCUAGGAAGACCACUUCCACUUAAUUUCCUUAGAAGAGCUUCAAAAUGUUGCAGUGCUGAUGCAGGACAGCAUACACUUGCCAAGUACUUUAUGGAGUUGACCCUACUUGACUAUGAUAUGGUUCACUUCCAUCCUUCAGCAAUUGCUGCUGCUGCUUUGUGCCUGACCCAAAAGGUUCUUAAUAUUGGCACGUGGGAUGCCACUCUACAGUUCUACACGGGUUAUUCACAAGAUGAUCUUAUCCUGCCUAUGAAGCACAUGGCCAAGGUCAUAGUUCAGGUCAACCAAAACCAGACAAAAUUUUUAUCGGUGAAGAAUAAAUAUUCUAGUAGUAAGUUAUUGAAGAUCAGCACAAUCCCUCAGCUGAACUCACGUGUUUUAACUGGUCUUGCUGCUGCUGUAACGCCAGGCUUAUAGGGUCUAUAAACAAAAUGGCUCCUUAGCACUUUUUAUAACUUUGCUUUAUCAUGCAAAAAUGCACUUCUCUUGUAAAUAAACUUUUUUUUUUUUUUAAAGUCAGUGCUGGUUAACUUCUUACUAUGGCAUAAUCAAAUGAUUCUGUAAUAAAUGAACCUUACUACCA